CCUUCACAACACCUUAUCUGCUGCCAGGGUAAAUCCACUACCCUCUUUAGGUCCGUCUCAGUUGGAACUCCUCUCUGGACACAGAAAGGGAACUCGCUUAAACUUAAUUUGACUUCACAGCAGUUAGUCCCUUAGUAACUUUGACAUCAUGUGUACCGGAAAAUGCUCCCGCUGCAUUGCGGUGGCUCUGUACCCAUUAGCGCUCAUAUCCAUCAUCUGUAACAUCGUGUUGUUCUUUCCUGGCGGAGAGGUCAAGUAUGCCAAAGAUGGACACAUUACUGAAGAGGUGAAGUACAUGGGGGGACUCGUCGGAGGGGGUCUGAUGGUGUUGCUACCAGCACUUUACAUCAACUUCACUGGAAAACCGGGGUGUUGCGCAAAUCGCUGCGGGAUGUUCUUGUCAAUUGCAUUUGCGGCAGUGGGUGUGGCCGGCGCUCUGUACAGUUUCAGCGUCGCAGUGGUCGCAUUGCAGAACGGGCCUCUGUGCAAAGUGAUUCUGAUUUGGACGACACCCUUUGAAGACAGUGACCACAGUUACCUGUCGGACAAAACGUGGUGGGGGACAUGCACGGAGCCUCAAAACAUUGUGCAAUUCCACAUUGGACUGUUUGCUACUCUGCUGGCCACGAGCUGCCUGCAGCUGGUCUUGUGCGCCAUUCAGAUGAUCAACGGGCUCUUUGGCUGCCUGUGUGGCACCUGCAUCGACAAAGGGCCGCUGUGAGUUCCUGACAGUUGACCGGCGCUCCCUGCUGGAUGACGGAGAGAAGUGUUCCUGCCGCAUUAGCAUGAGAUAUUUACUUUGAUAUUCUAGAUUUUUAUACUUUUUGUGGUAUUAAGUGUUUGCUGUGUAUUCGGGAAUGUUGUCAAAAUGGGAGUGUUACAAAUAAUCCAUGCCAAUAACAUGGUUUAUUUGAAAUUAAUAUAAGCCACUCAUUUAAAUUUGUGUAACAUUGUAUUUGGCAUCACCUAUUAAUAAUACUUUUGCUUUAAUACAUUUUUUUAAAUAUUUGAAUACAAAGGAUUGCUAAUAAAAUAAAAUGCAGUACAAAGUUA